AGAGACUGUGAGGAACAGGCAAGCACUCAGGACUCUCUGAAAAUGGCAGAAGCUCACCAAGCAGUAGCUUUUCAGUUCACUGUAACUCCCGAUGGGAUUGACCUGCGGAUGAGCCAUGAGGCACUCAAACAGAUUUACCUAUCUGGUGUCCAUUCAUGGAAAAAAAAGUUCAUCAGGUUCAAGAAUGGAAUCAUCACUGGGGUUUACCCUGCUAGCCCAUCCAGCUGGCUCAUCGUGGUGGUGGGGGUGAUGUCAACAAUGUAUGCCAAAGUUGAUCCUUCCUUGGGAAUCAUCGCCAGGAUCAACCGCACACUCAACACCACUGGCUACAUGUCCAACCAAACGCAGAACAUCGUCAGUGGGAUCCUGUUUGGCACUGGGCUAUGGGUAGCUCUCAUCGUCACCAUGCGCUACUCCCUGAAAAUGUUGCUGUCCUACCACGGCUGGAUGUUCUCUGAGCAUGGCAAACUCUCUGCAGGCACCAAGCUGUGGGUGACACUUGUAAAACUCUUCUCAAGACGUAAACCCAUGUUGUACAGCUUCCAGACAUCUCUACCACGGUUGCCAGUUCCAGCUGUUAAAGACACAGUCAGCAGGUAUCUGGAAUCGGUUCGUCCUCUGAUGGAUGAUGAAAAGUUCCAGAGGAUGGAGGGACUUGCCAAAGACUUUGCAUUUAAUUUGGGACCAAGGCUUCAGUGGUACUUGAAGCUAAAAUCCUGGUGGGCCACAAACUAUGUUAGUGAUUGGUGGGAAGAAUAUAUCUACCUUAGAGGACGUGGACCAAUUAUGGUUAACAGUAACUAUUAUGCAAUGGACUUCCUUCACUUGUUCCCCACAACCCUGCAGGCAGCCAGAGCUGGCAAUAUCAUCCAUGCCAUCCUGCUCUAUCGGAAGAAACUGGACAGACAGGAAAUCAAGCCCAUCCUGCUGUUGGGAUCCACGGUCCCGCUCUGCUCAGCUCAGUGGGAGCGGAUGUUCAACACCUCCCGGAUCCCAGGGCUGGAGUCAGAUACUCUGCAGCAUGUGAGAGACAGCAAACACAUUGUUGUGUAUCAUAAGGGCCGCUACUUCAAGGUGUGGCUGUACCACGAUGGUAGGCUGCUGAGGCCCCGUGAGAUCCAGCAGCAGAUGGAGAGGAUUCUGGAUGAUGAUUCGGAGCCUCAAGCUGGGGAAGAGAAGCUGGCAGCUCUUACUGCAGGAGACAGAGUGCCGUGGGCUAAAGCUCGACAGGCUUAUUUCAGCCGUGGGAAGAACAAGCAGUCCUUGGAUGCUGUUGAAAAAGCAGCGUUUUUUGUGACAUUGGAUGACACUGAGCAAGGCUACAGGAAAGAAGAUCCAGUGAGGUCCCUGGAUACCUAUGCAAAAUCAUUAAUCCAUGGCAGAUGCUAUGACAGGUGGUUUGACAAAACAUUCACCCUGGUAGUGUUCAGAAAUGGCAGAAUAGGCCUGAAUGCAGAGCACUCCUGGGCAGAUGCUCCUAUUGUUGGACACUUGUGGGAGAAUGUGAUGGCAACAGACUAUCUUGAGCUGGGUUAUACAGAAGAUGGGCACUGUAAAGGAGAUACCAACCAAAACAUUCCUGCUCCUACCAAACUACAGUGGGAAAUUCCAGAAGAAUGUCAAGAAGUGAUUGAGAGGUCUCUGAGCACAGCUGUAGCUCUGGCAGAUGAUGUGGACUUACAUUCGUUUUACUUUGAUACUUUUGGGAAGGGACUAAUAAAGAAAGCCAAAACCAGCCCUGAUGCCUUCGUGCAGCUCGCCCUGCAGCUGGCUCACUAUCGGGACAUGGGGAAGUUUUCUCUGACGUAUGAAGCCUCCAUGACACGCCUGUUCCGAGAGGGCAGGACUGAGACUGUUCGCUCCUGUACCAUGGAGUCCACUCAGUUUGUCCGAGCCAUGGAAGACCCAGCUGAGAGUAAUGAAACUAAGCUCAAGCUUUUCCAUCUUGCUGCUGCCAAACACCAGCACUUGUAUCGUCUUGCCAUGACCGGUGCUGGCAUCGACCGGCAUCUCUUCUGCCUUUAUGUUGUGUCCAAGUACCUUGGUGUAGACUCUCCUUUCCUUAAGGAAGUUUUGUCAGAGCCUUGGAGGCUAUCAACAAGUCAGACUCCACAGCAGUACAUUGAUCUAAAGAAGAACCCUGAGAUGUUGUCCUGUGGUGGAGGAUUUGGGCCGGUGGCUGAUGAUGGUUAUGGUGUUUCUUACAUUAUCCUGGGUGACAAUUCCAUUCAGUUCCAUGUCUCCAGCAAAAUCUCUUGUUCUGAGACGGAUUCUCACCGGUUUGGACACAACAUCCACAAGGCAAUGACUGACAUCAUGGCAUUGUUCACCCUCAGCAAGAACUGCUCCAAGUGAUUGGCCAAGAGCCUCCUCUGGAUGGAAGGAGAAUUCUUGUGCACAGCCAACGAGAGCAAGGUUUGUCAAACAGCAGCUGGAGAAGAAACUGAGUCAACAUCUUCGUGAUCACGUAGGAAAACUUAGCAGUGCAGCCAAUAUUUUUUUGCUUUUUGUUUUUUGUUUCAGUACUUUGGAAGAGUUUCUUUCCACAAAGGAUAACUUGGGAAUUGUUGUUUGUAGGGAUGAAGUGUAGAACCAUUGCAUGAA